UAUCUGGCGCCGACGACAUUUGUGCCGUGGUACCUACUUGUCAACCGAACUGUGAUCUCUACGAACAUCAUGAUGUUCUUUUGGGAAGUGGCGGGAUUCAUCUGGAAUGCCUAUUUCUACUCAAUGCUCAUUGUCUUCUGGCGUCAAAGUGUAACGAACGCGACCUACAUCAACAAUAUUUACUUUGUCGGUAGCACGAUUUGGAUGCUCAUGCUCGGGGUGGCAUGUCGUUACUACGGCCACAUCAAGUACUAUUCACUCACCCUCGGGAUCCCAGUCGUCAUGCUUGGAACGGGCCUUAUGAUCAAAUACCGCACCAAGGAAACUGAUAUCCGUCUCGUCAUUAUGUGCCAAAUUAUUGUCUUGAUUGGAUCAGGAACCAUGUAUCCCUUUGAGCAAAUGACGCUCAUGGCAGUCUCGCCCCCGCAACACGUCGCUGCUUUACUCGCGGUGGAAUCACUGUUGGCAUCUGCUGGAAAAGCCGUUGGCUCUGCCAUUGCAUCGGCCAUUUGGACUGGAGUAUUCUCUGACAGACUGGCCCGAUACCUGCCCAAGUCUGCUCUACCGGACCUUAGUACCAUAUACGGAGACAUUGACACACAAAGCUCGUUCGUUGAUGGAAGCCCCGAGCGACUGGGUGUCACUCACUCGUACGCUGACACCCAACGGAUCAUGUUGAUUGCUUCGACGUGCCUGUACGUGGUGACGUUCGUGGCUGUUCUAUGCUGGGAAGAUAUAGAUGUGAAAAAGAUGAAGAAACUGACACGCGUUGCGUGA